UUUCGUCCGUGGUAGGUGCGUGGGAUCUCUAGUAAAUUCAAAAUUCCAUGGUAUCAAAAUGACGAAUCUCAAACUCCCAACAUUUGUUUUAAUCGCGAUGCAUUGCGCGACAGGGGUCCACGGUCAACAGGCUGAAAAUUGUUUUCAAUUUCGUGAUGCGUUAAUUCACGCAAAACCCAAGGGAACCGACACCAGAAUUAGCCUGAAGAUCUAUGGACUAAUAGAGGAUCAACAGGAGGCUACAGCUAAUGAUGACUCAAAACUGAGGCUUCUCAGGGCAGACUGGUCACAACACCAUGAGUGGAAACUACAUAAUUGGAGUCUUUCAACGUUAAACAGUACUGAAUGGAUUCCAAUUGACAUCGAUGUCGUUUUUACUCCAAAACAAUACAAUAUCUAUAACUAUUUUUUCAAUGUAAGCGUAAAAACACAGCAAAGAGAUCCUAUUUUUCACACCAAAAAAGAAAUUUAUGUUGAAACCAAAGAUUUAUACCUUGAUUUUAAAUUCACGCGAGGCAUGCGAUGGGCGAUACACUGCCAACCCAACGAACCUACACAAUCAAACGCGUCAAAUGAUGCCACCCCUACGCAAGGAAACUUUCCAGAUGGAAUCAUCAAGAUGGAAUACUUUUUCACACUGGCUGCUGUCUGUGGGAUACUCGUGAUCACGAACGUCAUCCUCUGUUGUAUCAUUAGGAGCAAAGGGAAACAACAACGACGACAACACACUGCACAAACCAACGCUCUGAGUGAAACAAACGCUGCAGAGCCUGGAAUCGUAGGCAGAGAAGGGAAUGGACAGGGUGCAGUAUACGACUACAUCGACAUCCAGGACUUACACAACUACUUAGCAAAGGCGUCCUCUGAGAACAACCUAGCUGACUCCCAUGUAGAUGCUAAAGUGAUGCAGACUGCAACCUCUCAUACCAGCAUCAACAGUAUUUAUGGUUAUAACAACGACGUGGCGAUCUGUAACACCGACAGUGGGCGUCUUAGGAAAUUCAGCCACACAAGCGAAAACAGCCUCUACGGCUGCCAUUGAUAAAGGUACAGCAAUUACAUGUUAGAAGCAGGAAACAUUCCUAUGAGUGACACAGCACCUAAAGCUACCUUUGCGUAACUGACUGAUGACCAGAGUGGGUUACCAUUGAGCAACUGAGGACAUGGCCAGAGAGCAAGUUACCCUUGAGCAACUGAGGACAUGGCCAGAGAG